CCGAGGCAACCCGCACAAAGAAAAUGGCAAAUAUGUUUGCCUGUGGGAGGAGGAGCCAGAGAACAGAGAGCUCAGAGGGUGGGUGUCGGGUUAGCCUAUAAGGGUGGAGAAAGGAGGUCCUUACAGACUUCGGUAUGGUUUUGCUGUUGUCUUCCUGUCUGCCUGACUCUGCAGUUGGCACUAAGCCCAGCAGCUUCCUGUUUAGUUUAGUUUCAUUUCUCGCAGACUGGCUACGAGGGUGUUGUUUCUGAAGCCAUGGCAGAGGCAGAGGAAGAAUUCAGAGCAGCUGCUGACCUGGAAGAUGAGCUCAGCUGCCCUAUCUGUCUGUGCUUCUACAGCAACCCUGUCUCCCUGAGCUGCCAGCACAGCUUCUGCAAGGAGUGCAUCCAGAAAGCACUGGCUGCCCAGCAGCAAGCCAAGGCCACCUACUCCUGCCCUAUGUGCAAGGUCCAGCUGGGGCCCUUUCUGGAGCUGCAUAAGAACUUCCAGCUCUGCAGCAUAGUGGAGAAGUUCCAGACGGCUUCUUCAAAGGGAAAGCAGGGCAAGGAGAAGGCCUCUCCGCAAGGGAAGGAGACAAUCCCCUGUGAUUUCUGCCUGGAGCAGCCUCACACAGCAGUGAAAACCUGUCUGACCUGUGAGGCAUCUCUGUGUCAGGCCCACCUGAGCAAACACAAUGCCAAGGCUGCACAGAAGGAUCAUGUCCUGGUAGACCCCAGUGACAACAGCUCCCUGCAGGAGAGGAAGUGUGGCAAGCAUGGCAAGCUGCUAGAGUGUUACUGUGAAGAUGACCAGGUCUUCGUCUGCGUGAUGUGCUCUAUCGCAGGCUCCCACAAGGGCCACAACGUCAUCUCCCUGAAGGAGGAGUAUGAUAAGGAGCUGGUUGUUCUCUCUCACACUGUGAAACUGAUGCAGGAAAACAAAAGUGCUAUGAAUAAAACCUUAGGGGAGCUUAAGAAGAGUGAGAAUCAACUCCAGCUCAAUAAGAAAACUUUGAAUGCUCAGCUGUCAAACCUCUUCAAAGAGAUCAAGGCACAGGUGGAUCAGAAGGAGAAGCAGAUCCUGGCUGACAUACAAUGCAGUGAGAAAAAGCAGCUGUCAGAGAUUGCUACACUGAAGAAGCAAACAGAAAAGAAGAGAGAUGAGGCUGAGAAGGAUCUUCAGGACCUGCAGAUGCUGAGAGCGCAAACAGACCCUUUCCACUUCCUCAGAGAAUUUAAACUGGCACAAGACAGGAUUAAUAAUCAGGAUUUCAGGACUGACAGCAUGGAAGUAUUAGCACUGCAGCUGGAUCAGGCAACAAUUGCUGAUGUUAGAUGCUGGACACAGCAGUAUAUCUCAACCCUAGAUUCACAAAUGCAGAAGGUGCAAAGUCAGUUCAUUAACCAAACACAGAGGAACAGAGCAGCUCCAUACUCCAGAGAUGAUUUACUUUAUCAAGGUAAGUGUUCAAAAAUAUUGUUGCUCUUAAAGACUCUGGUCUAUAUCUCCUCUCUGGAGGGAAGGUAUCUCACCUGCAUUUUGUAUUGUGCAUCUCUGUCAGAUCUUCCUGUCAGAGGCGAGACCAGGGGGAAUGCAGAGGACCGGUACAGGGCAUGGUCCUCAAAAUCUGCACCAGGCUGACAUCUGCUAGAAAACACACAGGAGACAUCCUGGAACCUAGGCCUUAGGGAGGGAUUCCUUCUGCUUCAAUGCUCCUUAAGGGCCUGAGCUAGCUCCCAGGAAAGACUACGCAGACUUCCUCUGACUAUAACAGAAGGUGGAUGAAGUCUGUAAGGAUCAGGCCUAGUUAUUGGGUUGCCACUGAACAGUAAUGUGGGUGGGGAUAUAGGCUCAGAUUUCAAGAAGUGUCUAUGCAUUUGCAUGCCUAUUUUAUGUGCAAAAUUAUUACUAUAACUGCCUUUUCUCCUUCAGUGUUUUUUCUGCAGAGUGAAUGGGGCAGGGCUGCUAUCUUCCCUCAUUCAGUGAGCACCUUAACAGCUUCUCAGUGGCUGAGGCAUUUCUCCUCCCCACUACACAGCUAAGUUAGCCAUCCAUGUGGAUGUGCGAUGCAGCCUUCUUUCCUUUAGCUACUCCCAUGAGGUUAUGCUCACUAAUGGAGUAAAAUAUUUUACUGUCUUGCCCUUUAUCCUUCAGAAAAUACAGAAGUAACUUCAGAUUGACUCUUGUAAAGGAGAUGAGUCUAAUCCAAUGUUUCAUAAAUAACAAAAGCUAAGUAGCAAAAUGUUAACUGAAGCAUAUGAAGAUCUAGGUCAGGGAUUGGCAACCUUUGGCACGCGGCCUGCCAGAUUAUGGCCCCUGGUGGGCUAGGCCUGUUUGUUUACCUGCCGCGUCCGCAG